AUGUUUCUAAAAAUUAACGGGACAUCAAAAGGUAAUGAAAAUACGGUAAUAUUGAUGAACGUCACGGAGGAGACGUGCCGCUUGCAUAAAAUAGAAAAGUUCUACAAGACUCGGGAAAUAAAAUGCUUCCAUCAACAAGUAAAAUCAGAAAAACACCAUUUAAGAAAACCAAUAAAAAUGGCCAUACCAAUUUUACGGAAAAUAGCCAUGUCCAAGAGAAUAAUGUGUCCGAUUCUCCUUGACCACGGAGGUUGUCAGAGGAGGAGAACUCUGAUAAAUCAGAAUACUCCAAAGUUUGGGCCAAAAAUUCAUGAUAAAUUGGCUCAGCUUUGGCAGAAAAUACUUAGAAAAGGCCUUGGCAAAGAAGCCAAGGAUAAGCUCGUAAAGAGCUAUCUCAUAUCGAAGAAUCGCUCUCUCUUACAAGCGCCGAAAAUGAACCCAGAGAUUUCGGCCGCCGUAUCCGACGUGUCCCGAAGGCGCGAUAAGAAAAUCAAGGCGGUCCAGCAGCAAUUGGGUCAGGGUAUAUCGGCUCUUACUAAAGGCUUGGAAUUGCUACUAGAUGACGGGAAUAAACUUCAAGCUAUAAGUUUCCUAAGCAACAGUUGUCGCUUAUUGUGCGAUCUAUGUCCUUCCUUUCCAACAUUACACAAGACGUGGAACGAGAUGAGAUGAUCUUCGGAAUGAAACUUUUCGACAAAAUCAAAGCAACAACAGCCAUCGAAAGACAUGGCUUAGAGAUCAUAAAACCGACCGCAAACCCGAAGUCCACAUCUUCAUCUUACCAAACAUGGUAGUAGACAUUAAAUUUUCAUUCAUUGAAGGAACGUUAGUCCAGAAGCUAUCAUCAGAUGGUACAUUAAGGUCAGGGCGGUCUUGGUUAGAAAUGGAAAUUCCAAAAGAUGUUCUACUGCACCCAGCUAUAGCAUUAUUUUUCGUAGUUUUUGAUGGAUAAGUAUUGUUGCUUAAAGCUGUAUUCCCAAUGUUAUAGAAGCCAAUAGGUUUUCCAUGUGAACAUUGCACUGAUUCUUCAGAGCAAAUUCCCAUAUCACAACUAAGACGCCUCAUGGCUAAUACUUCAGGAUUAUUGCAGCUCCAUAUAGCUUGGUGCACUGCCAU